GUCGGCCCGUUGACUAUCGGGUGAUGUCCUUCACUGUUGUUGACAGAAAACCUCUCUUCUCUGCCGCAAUGGUAGGCAGGGCACGCGUCCUAGAAGCGAGGCCAGGUGUCGCGCCACCGAAGCUCGGCGCCGCCACGUCUUCUCUCUGCGGGCAGCUUGCUUUGAUCCUUCCCCUGGGUUCCAGUUCCAGCGUCUGCUUGCUUGCUACCACGCCUCCUCAUCUGCUGCCACCGGCGUCUCUCCUUCCCAGCUGGGGCCCUGAGCUGAGAGCAGAGCAGGGAGCGAAACUUUGCGCUGAGAUUGAGCUGCUCCUACUUGGAAGGCGGCGGCGUCGGCAAUGGGGUCGGAGACGUUCGUGGAGAUCCUGCUGGCCAUCCUGCUGCCGCCGGUCGGCGUCUUCCUCCGCUACGGCAUCGGGGUUGAGUUCUGGAUCUGCCUGCUGCUCACCAUCCUGGGAUACAUCCCGGGCAUCAUCUACGCCGUCUACGUCCUCGUCGCGUGAAAGCACAACAUGGUGUGGUAGGUAUGACGACGAUGGUGACCGUCCGCCCGCCCGCCGGGAGCUGGAAUAUAUGAGACCCAGACCCAGUGCUUCUGAUCCAUCCAUUCCAUGCAUGCAGUGAUGCAGGCAUACGUACGUUUAGCCCAUGCUGUAUGUUUGUGUCUUGCUUUAGUUAGCUUUAGCUAGCUGCUUGCAGCUUAGCUUCUCUCAGCUCGUCUACCGGUCCGUUUUGCUGUGCCCAUGGACAUGGAUGGGAAGAAGGAACCGUAGCUUGUAUGCAAGUGUGUACUAGAGUCCAGAGUUUCUACUCUGCUACUGAUUCUGAAUCCAGACAUGUUUUCUGAGAUC